CAGUCACAUGUUCAAUUGUUGAUGAAUUGCAUUGCUAACUAGCUAACGUUACCUAUAUAAUAUUGUACAACUCUCCACGAUGGCGGGUGUAAAGAAAGUAAAGAAAGAAUCCACAGAUCCCGUAGAUAUUGAAAACAGGAUAAAGGCGCUCUGUCAACAGUUCCCUCAUGGAAUAACAGACCAGGUGAUCCAGAAUGACAUGCCUAAUUUGGAGGCUCAACAGAGAGCCAUGGCCAUCAACAGACUACUGUCAUUGGGUCAGUUGGACCUUCUACGAAACAGCUCAGGACUUCUAUACCGCAUGAAGGAUGCUCAGACAGCAAGCAAAAUGAAAGGCUCCGACAAUCAAGAGAAGCUGGUCUAUCAGGUCAUUGAGGAUGCAGGAAACAAAGGGAUCUGGAGUAGGGACAUUAGAUAUAAGAGCAACCUUCCUCUGACAGAGAUCAACAAGAUCCUCAAGAACCUAGAGAGCAAGAAGCUGAUCAAGGCUGUGAAAUCAGUGGCUGCGUCAAAGAAGAAGGUUUACAUGCUAUACAACCUGCAGCCAGACCGCUCGGUGACUGGGGGAGCCUGGUACAGUGACCAGGACUUUGAGUCUGAGUUUGUGGAGGUUCUCAAUCAGCAGUGUUUCAAAUUCCUUCAGAGUAAGGCCGAGGUGGCGAGGGACAGCAAGCAGAACCCCAUGGUGCAAAGAAACAGCUCCUUCGCCACCUCUCACGAAGUGUGGAAGUAUAUUUGUGAACUCGGCAUCAGCAAGGUGGACCUGUCUAUGGAGGACAUUGAGACUAUUCUGAACACGCUCAUCUACGACGGCAAGGUGGAGAUGACCAUCAUCGCGGCCAAGGAGGGCACUGUGGGCAGUGUGGACGGCCAGAUGAAGCUGUACAGAGGGGUCAACCCUAUCAUCCAGCCCACAGGCCUGGUCAAGGCGCCCUGUGGCCUCUGUCCGACAUAGGAGGUGAGGGCCCUCGGAGUGUGGUGUCAGGAAAAUAACCUCACACUCAACGUCAACAAAACUGAGGAGAUGAUUGUGGACUUCAGGAAACAGCAGAGGGAACACCCCCCUAUCCACAUCGAUGGAACAGUAGUGGAGAGAGUAGCAAGUUUUAAGUUCCUCGGCAUAUACAUCACAGACAAACUGAAUUGGUCCACUCACACAGACAGCAUCGUGAAGAAGGCGAGGCAGCGCCUCUUCAACCUCAGGAGGCUGAAGAAAUUCGGCUUGUCACCAAAAGCACUCACAAACUUCUAUAGCACAAUCUAGAGCAUCCUGGCGGGCUGUAUCACCGCCUGGUACGGCAACUGCUCCGCCCUCAACCGUAAGGCUCUCCAGAGGGUAGUGAGGUCUGCACAACGCAUCACCGGGGGCAAACUACCUGCCCUCCAGGACACCUACACCACCCGAUGUUACAGGAAGGCCAUAAAGAUCAUCAAGGACAUCAACCAC